GUGCACACACAGUUUCUGUAGUUGCAGGUCAGUCACAACUAAAACAGAAACCAGUUAGCUGCAGACAAACCACACACACAAAUUCAUGGCCUCUUCAAGUUGUACAGCUCCCAAGGCAGCACCUGAGUUUCACCCCACAGUUUGGGGUGACUUCUUUAUCAACUAUGAACCACAACCCUUGCAGCGGCCAGAGAAAUGGAUGAGAGAGAGAUCCGAUCAGUUAAGAAAGGACGUAAGUCAGCUGUUCGACGCUUUCGAUGGUGUGGCAGAAAAAAUGAAUCUAGUUGACACGCUCCAACGCCUGGGGAUAGAUCAUCUCUUUGAGGAAGAGAUAGCCACCACCUUGAAUACCAUUCAUGGUGCUGAAUUUGACAGCCCUAGCCUUCAUGACGUUGCCCUCCGGUUUCGCUUGCUGAGGCAGCAAGGGUUAUGGGUUUCAUCAGAUGUUUUCAACAAAUUCAAACACAGAGAUGGAAGCUUUAUCAUUGACAUAACAAAUGACCCAAAAGGUCUCUUAAGCUUAUACAAUGCUGCCAACCUUCUCACCCACAACGAGGAAGCCCUCCAGGAAGCUAUCUUAUUUUCAAGGCAUCAUUUGGAGUUAAUGAAAAGUAACCUGAAGUCCCCAUUAGCUGAGCAAGUUUCACGUGCUCUUCAGAUACCAUUGUCCAGAAACUUGAAGAGGGUUGAGGCCCUAUCUUAUAUAUUAGAGUACAAUGUACACGAGCAAACAUACAACCCCUCAAUACUGGAGCUUGCCAAGCUAGACUUUAACCUUCUUCAACAUAUUCACCAAAGGGAGCUCAAGACAAUUACUCAGUGGUGGGAGGAUCUUUCAAAUGACAUAGGACUAGACUACAUAAGGGAUCGCAUUGUUGAAUGCUACUUUUGGUCAUAUUCUAUGUACUUUGAGGAGGAGUACACACGUGCCCGGAUGAUCCUUGCCAAGUUUUUCAUGUUAACAUCAUUGUUAGAUGACACUUAUGAUACGCAUGCUACUUUGGAGGAAUGUCGAAAUCUCAAUGUGGCCAUACAAAGCUGGGAUGAGAGUGAUAUUUCUGUUCUACCAGAUUAUCUGAAGAAAUUCUUUCUCAAGGUGAUGAGCAAUUUCGUGGAGUUCGAGAAUGAAUUGGAACCACAUAUUAGGCACCGCAAUGCUUACAAUAGGAAAGUGUUUCAAUUGUUAUCUGGGUAUUAUCUCCAGGAGGCAGAAUGGUUCCAUCAUAACUACGUACCAAGUUUCAAAGAGCAAAUAGAAGUGUCGGUGAUGUCUGCAGGUAUUCAAGCACUAAGUGUAUGUAUACUUGUCGGCAUGGGAAAUAUAGUAACCGAGGAGACACUUGAGUGGGCCAUUGGCAACAAUGAUGCCGUUAGGGCUGGCGGUGAGGUGGCACGUUUCAUGGAUGACAUGGCUGCAUUUAAGAAUGGAAGGAACAAAUUGGAUGUAGCCAGCUCCGUGGAGUGCUACAUCAAGGAGUACAAUGUUACCAGUGAGGUUGCCCUAGCCAAGAUAGGUUCUUUGGUCGAAGAUGCAUGGAAAACCAUAAACCAAGCUCAUAUUGAUCGCCGUGAACUGUUGCCAUUUGUACAUCGGGUCACCAACCUAUCAAGGAGCAUGGCUAUUUUGUUUCUUGACAAAAGAGAUGCAUACACAUACAGUAAGGAUUUCAAAAGGACGAUGGAGAGCCAUUUUGUCAAACCUAUUCCCCUUUAGGUACCGCACGUAGAAGUGUGAACUACUUUAAUUAUUAUGUAUUGGGAUAUUAGUUAAAUAUGACAAUAAUGAUAAUUAAGAUGCCUGUUUUGAUCAUAUGAGAGAUUCAUUAUUGAACCUCUCAACUUGCGUUGAUACAUAUGCAGCACUAUGUAUUGUCAUCAUGUAGGUCCAUGUACGUACUAGCGUGUAAGCGUUUGGAUUGUGUAUAUAACGAGUUAUAUCAUGCGCUUCGAAAUCAUUCA